AUGAGUUUGGCAUCCGAAUCAACAGGUGUUAUCUUGACUAACAAGACAGGGUUGGAUAUAAAAAUUAAGGGCUAACACAGGAAUGUUGCUAAGAGCAGGCUGCUGGCAAAUUUCACCAGCUGAAUAAGAAUUUACCACCAGCUCAAAUUGCUCUGGGAAACAAAGACAUGUGGUAAUUUUUAGGGUAGCCUGUGCCACAGGUGAAACUAAACUCUGGUUAAGUCCAUCUGCAAAACAGCGCCAAAAUCCUUGUUGUGGGCCCUCACCUGGGUAUCAGGAUUUGAGUAUUUGUCAUGAUUGGCCUGUUAAAAAAGCCAUCGUCCAUUGGCCAAUCAGGAGCAUGAAAGGAAAUUCAAAACACACUUCCAGUAACUUGUUCAGUCCGUUGGGGAUCUUGAACAAGGAUAUCGGUUGCUGCUUCGCAGAUGUUACUAACCAAGAUUAAAUUAUGUCUGUCACACAGGCUAUUUUGAGGGUGGAGUUGGAGAAAAAAUUGGCUUGACAAAUAAAAAAGCCUGUGUAGCUUUUCUUUAGCUACACACCUAACUGACAGUAUUUAUUUUCACCAAAAAGAGUAGACCAAAGCAUCCAAGAUACACUGUUUAUGUAAAAAUAUUAUGAAAAAUUACAACAGAAACAAGGAAAAAUCAUUAAACAUGUCUUCAUCUGUUCUGAGCUUUUUGCAGAAGAGUUAUCAACCUGUUUGCAUCCCAACAUUAAUUUUAUUUACUUAAAUACAGAUUUAAAGAUCAUCUGUGCCGAAUUGCACUUGUUUGUUGGUACUUGGAUUUCAAGGCGAAGCCUUAGGGCUUCAAAUCUGGAAAAUGCUGAUCAGCAAAAAUUCACAACUUCUACUUAGGGGGUUUCAUUUUAUUCAUCUUUUGACUUUUGUUAAUUACACGGCUGUCACUAAGAUUUCAAGUUCCUGGGUAUCUGCAAUUAGUAGGAGGGGAAACUGAACAGCCAGGGAGUUCUUUUGGUCUCAUUUUCCCUUUAUUCCCUACGAAAAAUAGCCGCCAGGGUUCAUUCUCAUAGUAGGUGGAAGAAAUCCCCAGUCCCCCGCCCUUAGUGACAGCCCUGAAUUAAGUCUCUCUUUUCAUAGAAACGGAUCACAGUCCGCCCAGAGGUGACAGAAUUCCUUACGAAUGGUGAGAUCUACAGUAAGGUUUGUAACAAUAUUUUUCAUGGGAAGGCUCCUGCUGUUGGUCAGUGGGCUAUCAUCCAGACACUCUCUCGUCAUGGCUUUUACGUGGUUGAGGAAGGUGACAUUGCUGUUACAGAUUCUGCCUUACAACAAAAGAAACCCUUUAGAAAGGUAACUAUGUGUGUUAUGAUAAAAUAAUAAUAAUAUUGUAACCAAUAAAUCAGUAAGAAAGUAAGUUGCCAGACCUUUGUUUAGUCAGUUAGUCAGCCAAUGAAUUUUUCAUGUCAAUUUGUCACUGAGCAGCCUAGUGAGUAGUAGUGGAAAUCUACCUUUAAGCAUCUCAUCUGAAAGGAAGCAAACUAGUUGGUUGUUUACAGUAACUGAGGAGUUAAACUCAUGACUAUUGAGAACAAAUCCAGCCACUAAAAAGUGGGGAUGGAACUUGAACUCUGGGCUGCCUUUCAGAUCGCUCGUCCAGUGCUCUAUUAAACCUUCUGAGUCACACUGCCUUCCUAUUUAGCCACUCCAUCAACACUGUUAUUUGAUGGAUCAAGCAGUAAUAAUAUUGCUUAAAUAUUUUUUGUUUAUAUACAGUUGAUUUGUAUGAGUUAAAAUGUAGUCAACAGCCAUGAUUCCGUAGCAUUGUCAUGAUGAUUUCUACUAUUUGUUGUUUUGUUUUUAGUCCACUCAUAUUGCCUUGAUGGAUUGCCUGAUGAGUGCUUUCUCUACUCGCACUGUAAGUGUGCAACAAGUUGUGCAGAGUGUCAGGUAUACCACUGGUUAAAUUGUUUGUGACAACUUCUCUGUGUUAGGUUGAGGAUGUGUAAUGAUCUUUAUGACACAAUAAACAAUUUCCUUUCUUUCAAUUCCUUUUUCAACUUCCUUCAGCAAGUUUUCCUCAUUCAAUGCUUCUAAAGAGCUUCCCUUUGAUCUGGAAGAUGCAUUACUUCUGUGGAUCAACAAAAUAUGUGCCAAUUUAAAUGAUAAUCAGCUAAAGAAGCAAAGACAACAUGCUGAACAGCUACUGCAGAAUCAGGACAAAGCCAAGAGGUUCAGGUUUCGUCGUGACCAGCUUCAGCCCAAAGUGCAAACAGUAUUUCCUGUAAUGGAAGAUCUCUUGAAAGACAUAAGUGAUGGACAGAGUUUGCUUGGGAUUAUAGCAUUUUACCAUCCAUCAGUUAUCACCCUAGAAGGUAAAUAUUUAGUUACAGUUAAAACAUAUCAGACUUUAAGUAUUUGUGCAAUGCAAGAAAAGCUGUUUUUAUGAAUCCUUGAAUUAGUUGCCGGGGUCCCACUUUUGAGGUGGGAUGGUACUUGUAGAAGGAGCUUACAUUGUUAUUUAAAUUUUAGUGAAUGCAAAAUGUAACAUGAAAUAAAAAAAAUAAAACAUUGCAUGCAAUUUACAGGGUUCGUACAGAGUCUUGAAUACUUGAAAAAGUCUUGAUUUUCCAGAGCUAGAAAUAGUCUUGAAAAUAGAGGUAAAGGCUUGAAAAAAUUGUAAAAAGUCUUGAGUUUUUUGGAAAGUUACAUUGUAUACUAUAAUUCAGUUAAACAUGAGUUUGGAACAUGGCUCAUAGAAAAUAAAUCAAAGAUGGUGACCCAGUAUAAUACACAUAAACAAGCAGCUUUUGCUCACCUAGAAAAUCUGCCUACAUUGCAUGCUAGUAAAUUAAGUGCAGGAGAAUUACUAGAAUAUAGUGACGAUAGGUGCUUUAAUCAGUUAUUAUACCACAUGCACAAAUUUGUUUCUACUGCAUGAUAAAUUCAGGGUUCAUGCAAAAUUUUGAUCCAAAAUUCAAGACUUUUCCCAGACUUUUUCCAAAACAAUAGUUUAUUUUUCCAGACUCAAGGCUAUCAAAUAGGUGAACAAUAGAGACCUUAAAACAAAUGCAGGAACAAAACUUUUUCCAUGACGAGCAGGCGAGAUUGAAAAAGAUUUGACCAACAUGAAAAAAAAUUCACUUCUGACGCGCUUGUUGUACAGGUAUAUAUUUUUAUAUGGUAUUAUUGCUACAGUUACAAAUAAAUGCUUUAUUUAAUUUUCAAUUAUUACAGAUAUUCGUUUUGGCACAAACCUUUCUACGGAGGACUGUGUCCACAAUCUGGACCUAUUUCGCUCUUUGUGCAGUCAGUUAAUCUGCACUUCUGUCCUAGCCCUAAAAAUUGAAGAUUUGUUGUAUGGAUCGCAAGCCAUGAAGCCGAACAUCACUGCUCUAUUAGCUGAGUUAUUUAACGUAUGUGAAUUUGAAUGGAAGUCACCUGAAAUUGGUACCGAGAAGAAGCUGAUUUCUAAAUCAGAUGUUGAUCAGCAAUGUCUUGCUGCUAAUAAAGAAAAUUUCACUGAUAACAGAAGUUUGAGCAAUCCUCUUUUACUCUCCGAAAAGGAUACAAAUAUUGGACACAGAAGCCCAAGAGAAAAUUUCAAGGUAAAAAAUGGACAAAUUUCAUCCAUGCCUGGACAGUUAAAUAGCUCUUCUUCAGAGCGCAUCCAACAGGUUAAAAGUGAUAUUUGGAAAUCACAAAGUGAUUCACAAGUGAACUCAAACAGUCGACUAUCAUUCAAGUCUCCAUUUCAACUGGAUUUUACUGUAGAUGAUGAUCUGCAGCAGCCUCCAUUAAAUGAACCUUUUACAAAACAAGAUGAACAUGAAAAAGAUAAAGAAAAUCCAUUUAAUGGAAUAUUCCAGAGACCUGUUCUUGUUAGGGACCGAAAACUUAGUCUUCCUAAUACAUUUAGUGUCGGGGGAAGCCCACGUGUCACGCCCAGACAAGAACACUCUCUUCUUGCACGGCGCAACAAGCAAAAGCAAAGAACGCUUGAUCUUGAGGAGUGGGAUAUGCAGCAAGAGGAAGUAGAAGGUAAAAUCAAUUAAUAACUAUAAAUCAUCUAUAAUAAUAAUAAUAUUACUAUUAUGAAAUUAGUUUUUGUACUCACAAAGUAACUUUUCCAUAACUUGGGAAUGGACUAUGAAGUUCAUGUAGCUAGCUAAGAGCUGCUCAAUCCACAAGGCUUAACCUGCAAUUUAGUAAUUUAUGAACACCUUUUCAGUCCAAUUUAAAAACUGGCGUAAACAAAGUUUCAUGUCAAGAAUGAGGGCAAGUGGUUUGUCACAGGUUCCAAAUGCCAAGAAACAGAUGAAAGCCUGAGGCCAUGUUUCAAGGUGUUUGGAAGCUGUGAUGAAACACGAAGCCCAAGUUUUUGACAUGACUUCUCAGAUGAAACAAUAGAAGGAAAUUAUGCAGUGACAUUUUUUCUCUGGUAUUACUUUGUUUCCAUGGGUUGUGUUAAUAAAAAUUAAUAAUGACAUUUCAUUAAAAUGCAAGUAUUUGAUCUCUGAUGAAAACCUGGUGAGUGCUUUAUCUGGUGUUUCAUUGGGUAUCAAGAUUCACCCACCUGAGCCAAAAGAUUGUUAUUUAUUGACUUUGAGAAUGCAGUGUUCAGUUGUAUCAAGAAAUGCCAAUGUAUUUUUGGUAGUAAUCCAAGCCUGAUCGAUAAUAGAGGGUGAUAUUGAUGAUUAAGUGAAUGUUCUCACGGAAUGUUUUUAUGUUUGAUAUUUUAAAGUGGUAAAUAAAAGGUUUAGCCUGGAGCAAAAUAAUCAAUUUCCUUUCCAUCAUCUUCAAUUAAAUUGAUUAUUUUGAAUUGGAGCUGAAGAAAGCUUUGAUGUAACAUGGUUUAAAUGGUAUUUUAUCAAAAAUCAAGUCUUGCUGCCAUAACUUCGCUUAAUUUUGUAACUUUGUUAGUUAAACUAACAUUUAAACUGUGAGUAGCAAAACGCAAUCAUUAUAUAAUAUUGGAUUUCAAAGAAGAGAUCUUUUUGAGUGAAACCCUAAAAAACAAAGGUCUUAAUCUUAAUUUUUUUUUGCACAAUAUGAACAGUAAUGUGUUUUAAACUUUAAAAAUCUUAAAAAAAAAAUGCAGAAAUGAGGUUCUUCCUUGGAGCCUACAAAAAGCAGCAUUUUAAUAGUAAUUUUCCAUGUCAUUUUAUAGAAUACAUAAAUUUUAGUAUUUUCUCUUAAAGUGGAAGUGAUACUCACAAGAGUAAUGUUAUAUUAUUUUAAACUUCUCCAACCCAUGGGAUUCUCUUGAAUUCUCCUGUGAAACUUAAUGAUUUGUUUUUUUUUAAGACCUGAAUUUUAUAAAUUUACAAGAAUAAAUUUUUGUGAUAGUUAUAAAAUUCAGUCUUUAAAAUGUUACAGUAUUAUCCUUUUGUUUAUUUUGAAUAUCCCUGGAAGGUUGUAUCAGGCACCUCAAGUAGUCAUGUGAAUUUUAAAUUCUUUAUUAUAAAUAUUUCUAUAACAACUGAAAAAGUAUAAACAUGUUAAAAAUCCAACUUCACAGAUAAAAGCAUUCUUCAGAGAUAUCUACAAGGUAUGUUGUGGAAUAUUAUAAGUAUUAUAUGAACCACUUAAAAAUAAUAUAUUUUCUAUUUUUCUUUAAAACUAAUCAGUGUAACAAAAUUAUAAAAUCAGUCGCAGCAACUGGGAUUUACUCAAGUUUUAUUCUUUUCGUUGUUUCCCACCUUGAUGCCUUGAGGAAGUACUUUGAGUUAUUGCCAAAAUGUCAGACAGUGACAAGUGACCUUAGGCCAGACCUCUUCAAUCCAUUCAUGAUUGUCAUCUUAAGAUAAAAUGCAGUGACUUCUCUCUAAGAUCAGCAAUACUGGGACCAGCACUGGCUGUUGCUUUCCCUUAGAGGUGUCUGCCAAAAUGACUAAAUAACAGCAAAUACCAACCUUGUGCAGGUGCAAACAUGUGUUUAGACCACGAGCAGCUGUCAUUACUUAGAGCCGCACGCGGCAAGUGAAAAAGUAUUAAGAUGGAAUCCAUCAGGAAAUUGAGUACAGUGAAACCCUACCUUACGGCCACCUCGUUAUUACCGCCACUUUUUUUGGCCGCCUGGCAAAAACCGCCAUACAUUUUCUUGUAAAAAAACCCUCGUUGAUACGGCCACCCUGUUAACAGGGCCAAAUGUUUUUGGCCCAUUGGUGACCAUAUUGAUGGGGUUCCACUGUAAUUUCAGUUUUCAGCGGACAAUAAAAUGUCAAAUUUCACAAGAACGGUGAAAACGCAGGUCAAAUUCUGAGAAUUUCAUGUCUGAGACAUUUGUUUUCUCGGGCUCUCAUGAGAAAUUUUCUGCCGUGUUAUUACAGAUAACUGUUUACAUCUAUAGCUCUUGAAAACUGUAAAAAAGAAUGUGAUAUUGUUUAAAUUUAAUCUGGUACAAGGUUUUUGUCCACUGGAAAUUAAAAUUACUCAACUCCCUGAUGGCUUCCGUCCUAAUUAUGCAAAUUAGUAGUCAUCGCUCAGACUUCUGCACUCAUUCCUCUCAGAUUCACCGUUUGACCCCCAUGGGUGCUUUUGGUCUACCGUGACUCAAAAGAAAAAUACAGCACUGCUUGCAGUCUAACAUGUAUUAUACCCAAUAAAUAAGUUUCUAAGCAUUACUUUAUACCAGAAAAGUAAUAAGAUAAAUGACGAAGCUUUAUAGUGUAUAUAAAAAUAAAGCAAUUUGGGAUGUUGCUAAUUUUGUUUACUGAAAUAUUGUACUUACUGACACCAUUUUGGUAAUGCAGGGUCACUUCUGAAAAUUAGUGUCUGCUGUAACAGACUCAAGGCUUUGUCCUUGCCUAAUAUAUUAUUGUGUCUUUCAAUCCAGAGCUGCAUCUCAAUGAUCUCCAGAGGUCCCAGUCGCUAAGUGGCCUUGAUAAAGCUGCUCCAGUAGAACCAAGGCAGUCAUUUCAUGCCUGGCGAGAGGAGACUGGAGCGAGUUUAUCAGACACCAAUCUGUCGUCCAGUAGGAAUCAAAGAAUAUCACUUGACUUUAGGUGGGUCUUUUAAAAGUUGUCAAGCUUGUAAGUCAUGUUCAUUUCACAAGCGUGUUUUAAAUUUAGGAUAUUGUGUACCCUCCUCCCUCAAAAAACAUAACUGAUUAACUUACCAGAAAUAUGAAUCACAUCUGCAGGAUGCAAGAGAACUUCUGUCUUGUAGCCUGUGGCGUCUGUAAAAUAGCCAAUCAGUCAAGUAUGUUACCAUCGCAACUUGCUUGAUUGGCCAGCCAUAAAAGAUAAAUAAAUUACCAGUAUUAGAUAAAUUUGGUGCUGUUUAGCUCCUUACAAUUUAAGGCCAUUUUUUUGUGUUGCCUUGAUUUAGAAAAAGUGCUACAUCUGUACUUACAGUCUGUAAGGAAGACAGUGCUUCACAACUUUUUUUUUUUAUCAAAUAAGCACUGUUCUGAAGUAAACGCAUCACCAAAAAUUCCAAAUAUUAGCUUCCCACUGACUAAACUUGUGGCAUGUCUAUUUCUAGGGGCACUAAGUUUUCUCUUAACUUCCAAAGUUCUUUAGAUGAAGAACAUGGCAUAAUUCACCAGGAAUUCGUGGGUUCUUAAAUGAUGAUACCGAGUAACUUACAUUAUGUUGUGUCUUUAUUCUGUUUCUGUCUCAUCAGACCAAACCUAACAACCAAUGUCACUCAGAAGGGUAGAGAGGGAAGUGUUCCCCAGAAGGGUGCUGAAGGGAUCCAUGCAGCAAUAAAGUCAUCAGGAAUAGCCACUAAACGGGAAGAGCAUACGUCACGGGACAGUCUGUCUUCAGUUGAUAGUCUUAAUACCAGAUUUACUGGGGAUAAACCCUGGGAAUCUCUGGCAGCAGUGGGUAAGGGAUCAUUUGUCGUACUGAGAUGAUAUAAGUACAGGUUGAGUUAACAUAGGUAUAGGUUGUCCAUGGUUGAAAUAAGACUUAGUGGAAUAACGUUGCUCUUUAAGUAUCGAAAUAGACUUAGCGGGAAUGUUUGCUCAAUGGGGAUAUUGUUAAUGGGGUAAGGAGAGAGUAGUCAGCAAACAAAGUUGUUUAAAACCAAUGACCAUGGUUUUAACGUAGAAGAACGUUUACCCCACCCGCCCCGUCGUUACACCAGAAAACGGUUGUUGUAGACCCAACUUUUUCUUUGCCUCAAAAUGCGUCUCUCUUACAAAAAAGACUUCUUUAGCUUGAUUUGUUGUUUUUUUUUGCCCCACCAAUAGACAUGUGGCGUUUAAAUUAAUUUUUCAUGUAUCAGUGCGUUAAGUAAAAUAAAAUUUGAAAGAAAUAGUUCUCUAGAAGGGCAAAAUGGCCAAAUAAUCAGCGUCUCGGAGUCGUCCAUUAGACCCUUCCACAGUUUUUUCUUCUGCUUUUGACACGGAGCAGUCAGCGAAAAUCCGUUGACACCGCUAUAAAGAACCCCUUAAAAUAAUUGACGUUGCCAAGUUUGCGAGUGAUUUAUUGAAAACUAACGAAGAUAAAGCUUCGCAAAGUCGCAAAAUUUUACAGACGUUUCUUUGGUGGGGAGCAAGUUCGCGCCCCGACCAUACAAAAGUCUAAAAAAUUUCGCGACGUUGCGAAACUAUUAAUAUCUUCCGUCGCUUCAGAUGUAUUCAGUUUACUGAAUUUAAGGCGCUCUUUCUAGCAGUGUCAACAGAUAGCCGCUAUUUGGCCCUUAACAAUACUUCAAACAACCGUGAAAGGGUCUCUCCAGAGCUUUCAAUUCAACCCCCUCCCAAGCUAACCACUAGCUGGAGUUUUUCUCUUGGUCGUCGCGAGUAUCUCUUCAGCUGUGCUUGUUUAUAGCCAAUAUUGAUUUCCCUUUUGCUUGUUAGGGUUUUAUACCUUGUUGUUUUUCAUUUAGAUUAAUUGAUAAGAGUGUCCGUAAACUAGCAACUAUAAACAAGGCAUUAACAUGUACAUUAACGUUAACCUGAUGCUCUGAAAUGGAAGAUUCAAAACAAUCAAUCCUAGGUAGAGAGGUCUAUUUCAUACAUGUUUUCUUGCCUUGAAAUAGCGCUUGUGUCGUAGACUUUUCCUGUGACGAUGUUCUAGUUUUUCUCGCCAAAAGUUUGUGAUGCGAUGCUCGUGUUCCUGACACUUGUAAAUACCGUAACAUGUUUUAUUUACAGGUGUAAGAGACAGCUACAUGAGCGAUAUUUCAGCCAAGGAGCUGAGCCAGUUCGAGGAGAUCGAGGCCAAAAUCCUGGCUGGAAAAAGUGUAGAGACUCCCCGCACCUUUGCAAAAUCGAAAGGCAAUUUUCCAAAAGCGCCGUUACCUCAAGAAGAUGAAGACGACCUGAAUACCAGCGUGAGCAGCGAGGACAUGAACAUGUUUCGGCUUGAGGUUUUGCAGCGUCUUACAGAAGAUAAAUUACGACAAAUUCCCGAUGGCGCUGAAAUGGAAGACGGCGAUGAUCCUAUACUCCUCGCCCGCAAUAACGCGGUCAGCGUUUCCAGCAAUCCACCAGAUCAACGCGCCCAUCUCGAAGUGCCAGACGCGCCUGCGGACGAUCCCAGUGAUCAGCUGUCUCCUAUAGCUGAGACAACAGAGCCUCUAGUUUCCAAUCCAAACUCGGUGACCUCUGCUAAUUCCACUGCGCCUAGCAGUCCUUGUUCGCCUUUGGACGUUGCUCCUUUUAUGCCGGCCUUCUUUACUACUUCACCCGCAAGUACUCUUGACAGAAAAAGUAAAAGAUUCAGUAUAAAAAGCAGGGAAGACAUGGAGAAGACUCUUGUAGGGGAGGAGGAAGAUGAAUUCCAAGCUGAUCCAGAAAUGAGCGCGACUCCAAGAAUUCAAGGAAAGUCAGGAGAAAAGGCCGGUCUUUUUCCUUCUCAUAGUAAAUCAUAUGAGCAACUUGUACGCGGUAGCUAUACUGUUGGUCAAGUGUCUGUAGAGUCUGCCAAAGCCGCUGGUAUUCCUGUGAUCGGAGAGGGUAGGCAAAUGUCAGAAAUUGGUGGGUCCUUCGAAGUAGCUAGCGGCUCUGUUGCUGAAAGGACUAACUCUUCAACCAGUGCUUCGAGCGAUUUGUUUCAAAGUGGGAACUUUAUCCAGACUGAAGCGGAUUCAAGUCAAGAUCUAUCAGGCUUAAGACCACUUAUUUUGUCUUCCGGUGGCGUUGAAACGACUGACGCUGCAACGGAGGCUGUUGAUGGGCGACGGGACUCGCUCGAGAGCUCGCCCGCGCCUUCACCCUCUUUAAACCUUGGGAAACGGGACGGUGCCCACCAAGAAGCGGCUUUGCUAGCGCGUGACAUGGCAUCUCAGGACAGCCCGAAUGAUGUGGUUAUUUUUGAGCGCUCUCUUUCAAAUCCUCCUGAAGAAAAUUCAAACUCUAAGACAGGCCAAACUGAGCAGCAUAAUACUGAAACUGUAACACGAUCGAGUAAUUUUGAAUCGCCCGUCUUUGAUUUUAACCAAGAUACAGUUGAGAAUUAUAAAAUUAAUCUUUCUGGAGACUUCCGAACUUAUAAGGUAGGUGCACAGAGCGGACUGGCCGGUAGAGAGGUAUUUAAAGCUAACAGCCCUGCAACUUCGUAUGAUGAGGAUACUGCUGAUCAAAGAUUACAGGACAUACGGCAGGCGGCUCACUGUGGUACUUACAGUAAAAAAUCUCAUAAGGAUGAACAAAAGCAGUACACUGACGGUCCAGAUCAGGCAAGCGACUCUUCUGAUGGAAGGCCGCACUAUCGCAUCGUUCAGGAAACCCAUGGACAAGGCGUUAGAGAUCUUAGACAUUCGGAUGGACUUUCGACGUUUAGAAAAGACUCAGCGCCGCAAGUAACGAGGGAAGAGAUUGAAGCCAACGAUCCUGCCCUGGAUCUGCGGCUGUCUGACGGAUUUACAACUUUCAGAAAAGGGACAAGUGAUGCUCUUUCGGGCAGUCUGACGGCGCAGUCUUCAACAGGUUCCACGUAUGAUCGAAGAAGCAUUGAAGCUGACAGGUUUUCCACGUUUUCAAGGAAACAAAAGGAUAAACAGGGUCAUGAUAAGGAGAGUGUUGAGGGUUUACACGACGCUAACGCUUCAGAGCGCUCUGAUAUCCAGCAAGCACCAGUAUCUGCGACACCUCACUCCAACAAGGAAGGUGAGGGUGAUGAGAGGCAGGCUUUCCCAAGAGGGGUGGAGGAGGUGCAGACACGUUCAUCUGGCUCAUCUUACAUUACCCGCUCGAGAACAUUUCGGAAAACGCCCGAUGGGAAUAUCGUUGAUGAUCAUGUUACAAAUGCAAAUACUUCUUCAGGACACGGCAGGAACACAUCUUUAUCCAGCAGCGGCGGAAAACUUUCUGGUCAGCAGACUGUAGUCACAAACAUCCGAGUCAGUCCAGAGGGAGCAGGAAGUGAUAAUCCGCACAGAAUUAGCUGGACAGACGAGCCGGAGGCUGGGGCGAGGCUAAUGAGGCAAUUAAAUGCGAGUGUUGAUAAAAAGGUAAGAGAGGAAAAACUACCCUAGCCUUCGUGUCAUGUGUUUGAAAAGGAAGGAAAAAGGGGGUUUUGGGCGCGAGAGAAACGCGAGGGGCGGUAAGCAGGGAGAGAGGGAAACGGCGUUUCUUUCCCUUCCUCCUCGCGCGCCCCUCGCGUUUCUCUCGCGCCUAAAACUCCCUUUCCCCUUUCCUUUAAAACUGCCCUUAUGACUUUGACAGACAGCUCACCACCUUUAGAAAUACUGAGUAUGCGACUUAGUCAAUUAGACUAGCCACUGAAAACAGCCGAUAUUUCGCGUCGCGCUACCUUUGGUUUCUCCGCGAAAUGACGUCUGAGGAACGACUGCAGAAAUAGGCCCUUUGCAGCUACCAUUCACGCGGUAUAACACCGCCAUGCUGGAGAGCAGAAGUCGAACUGGGACAUUCCAAACAAAGGAAACUUUUCCUUAAAAUUAUGUAUGUCUAGUUUGUUUGUCUUGUCCCGGUGCGACUUUUUUGCUCUUCAGCACGGGAAGUGAAUGGCUAGCUGCAAAGGGCCUAUUUUUUACUGAUGAGUUGUCACUACACAGAUCUGGAUAGUGCUUCUGAUUGGUUGAAGCAAAUUCCCUCAUGCCACGACCUGAACUGCGUAGUGACACGUCAUCAAAUGGAAUUUCUGCAGUUGUUCCUCAGACGUCAUUUUUGGGGGAAACCGGUGGUGGCGUCCCGAAAUGUUUAGAAAUUUUACUGAAAAAACAGUUGCCCACUGCUGGUGUUCGACUACAAAGUGAUUACCACCAUUGAAAGCGCAAGUUAAAAGAAACUGUAACCCCUUAUGAAAAUCACUGAUUUUUUUUUUUAUUAAACUCAGGCUGAAUUGUUCCAAAAAAAAAAAAUAGACCAAAUCCAGGCUUGGUUACCAUAGCAACUAAUAUGUUCCAUUUACCGUUGGAGGAGCUAUGUACGUCACGAGGAUAUUUCCGUUUUAGGUCAAUUCUCUGUCUAGGUCAUUACCUAAUUCCUUUAUACAUACACAAAAUGCUUCUGUAGAGUUAUGGAGAAGAAAUCAAACAAAUUCCAUCAGGGAGCAUUAACCAUAGUAAUUUUCUUGGUGAUUUUUACAGGCAGAGCGAAAAAGUUGGACCAACUUUGCCAAGUUUCAAUUCACGACCAUCCCUGCCAUCCGUCGCGACAAACGACAUUAAACAGUUUCGGUGCCGAGAUAUAAUCGUAAAUAACAAAACUGGAACAUAAUCUUAAAAAAAAAGAUAGUAAACAGGGUAACUUAGCCCAUUUAACCUUGGAUUAGAGCUUAUCGAGCCGAGCACAACUCGUGGAUUAAUUUUGUUGUGUGAUUGUGGCAUAAACUUCGCUCGAAACUAACUACAUACAGUGGCCCAGGCCUCCUGUCAAUUUACUGACCAGCUGUCUCUUCGAAUAGACUGCACACGAGAUUAACAGCCCAACAAGCAGUCCCAGAAGGCGUAGCAGCCCAAGACAGACAGGACGUGGAAGCCCUGGGGCGAGGAUCAGUUGGCUUACUGCAGCAAAGAGUGGGGUAGGAGGACAAGUUAUGCUCAAUGAAAAAGGUAAGAAAUGCUGGGAGGGGAUGGUAAGAACUUGGCUGGUACUGGACAAGAGAGAACUGAAUAGGUGAAAACUUCCAAAACUUACGGAAAUAAGAACUUUCCUUGCUGUAAACCGCAUACUAUUUAUGGUGAGUCCAAAGUGAUCUCCUAGGCUCUAUCUGCACUCUAUCUGACAUCAUCUUACACAAAAACUUAUUACAAGAGUGUGGCCCGCGAGCGGUUAAGAACAUUUCAAAACCAAACAAUGCAAAACAAUUCAUUGCUUUUGUUUGUGCAGUUUGCCUGCAACAUAAUUUAGUUCAGUCGCAAACUAUCUUGGAUAGCUGCUCUUUAUAUUGCUUUGCAAGUAAGAUUCAGAGAACAAUAACGACAGGCUGGAACCAGUGUGGAAGGCUCACCGAAGAGAUAAGAUUCUUAUAUCCAUAUCUCGUGAUAAUUAGUAACCAUAAACUCAAUAGCGGAUCUGUAAGGCAAAUUGUAGGCAGAUUUCAUCCUUUAGAAAAGAAAUUGUUCAAUUCAGGUUGCCAUUUCACUAAUAUAUGCUUCUAAUCAGUCAGUUAUUUAGAACAUUCUUCACAAUUUAUUAAGUUCCUUAUCUAGCUGGAAAAGAACCUCAUCCUAAAUAUGAUUUGAUUUUGCGGGCAAAGUCGUAGAGAUUGGUUGACUUACAACUCACCUUUUGGGUUCUCGUGACGAACAAAGCUUGUUGCAGUUUUGAAAAUCAUUAUGGCAAGAUUCUUGUUGUCUGGAUUAUAUUGAUGUUUUUAUUUCAAGUUGGCUUAGUUUCAUGUAUUCAAAAAUUGUGUGCUUUCCAAACGAAAGGUUGUAAUUUUUUUUUUACGUUAAAAGUGACUCAAUGAUAAUGUUUACUUUUUUCGCGUAUCUCCUGAGGUGAAAAACAAACCUUGUGAAGAAGACUAUUUCUAGAGAUGUGUCGACCAUGUUGCAGGAAAUAUUUGACCAGCGCCAUAAAUGUCAAGUAUGGCUAUAAUUAUAUAUUUUGUAUCUAAAUUACAGAAAAGUUGUUUUUCUUGCAGAAGACAGCUGGUGUAUAUCCGCCGGUGGAAGCGAUCUGCUUGCUUUAAUCUCUCUUUUCCGUUUGAUGAAGUAAUUCCGAGGUGCGGCCGAAGCAAUUUGUUUUACUUGACAAACACUACACCCUUUUACAUCCUUAACUUAAGCUGAUUUGGUUCGUUAUCUCAAAUUCAGGAAAUUGGUAUUGUAACAAACGUUCUCAAAUUCAUUCAUUGUAGACUGAUCAAUACUGCUUUACUGCUUUCUUAUCCGUUUAUCGGCAAUUACUACUGUUUGACUUGUUCAGAAGAGUGAGAAAUAUUCUUGUAAAGGUCCGUUUGCGUGGUUUUACUGCGAUUGUGAGAAGCCUUCGAUCUCGCGUUAGUGUCGAAUAACGUGACUGUGUUUUCGCGUGUUUUUUUGACACUCACUUUAAACACGCAUGAGUGAUUCGCAGCUGACAAAGCCGUGCCGCCGGUGAUGAAGACGCUUUCAAGUCAUCUUGCUUGGACGCAGAGAAAUCCCUUUGACCUGCAGAAGAAAGGUACGUUUACCUACAUUCUUAACGUUAAUAAUGAAUAAUGUAUGCGAAUAGAAUGAUUGUUGAUGUGCUUGUACUUCGCGCGCACAGCUCUAGUCUGUAAUUUGCAUGUUGAAAACUGAAUAUAUUAUCUUUGAUAAUCGUGGCAAUGGAUAUGUUUUUGCGCGUUUUUUAAUCGGUUUUUGCGUUGUUACACUGGUUUAAACUCAGCUGAUCUCUUAGAUCUUUUACAAAUAACUCAGCGUGUGCGAUCCAGCCCGACAGGAGAUAGUGAAAGAGGGAAAUUCGCGAACAGCCGAUAUUUAAAUAGUCAACGUGUACGCCGAGGAUUUUAUCGAACUGCUACAUCACCGCGUUCUAUUCUGUAAGCGAAGCAUCGCUUGUUAUGAUGUCACUACCCAGGAAUGAAAUUCGAAGGACUUUGAUGUUGGAUUGAAUGAAACGUCAUAAAGCCAAAAUAACCUUUUGCCUUGUAAACGACGACUCGUAUGUGAACGAAAUGGUAGAAUACUGUUGGAUAUAGCUUACAGACGCGGUGUUAUGGCGAGCGAUCUACAUUCGUUUUAACCACGUUUGGCUCUAAGCAUCUGUUUGACAUUUUUGUGCUCUGACUCUAACGGGAAAUCCUCCCUGAAAUUCACGAAAAUCAAGUCGAAAGAACUGAAAAUAGCCACGCCGAUCAUUAAAUUUCCCAAGGAGUUUGUCGUACGACACCGUCACCGGAAGUGGACGUGUUUAUGUCCACUCAUGAUGGUUUGUUGAGUGUAUCAUAUUGCUGGGCCUUUUAAAUGUCUGUUGGAAGAGAAUUCAAGGUAUUCCACUGUAAUUCAUUUAAACAAAGUAUAGCUAACAAUUUACUGUCUGAGAAUUCAAGCUGAUUCAUAACCAUGCAUGAAUUUAAGUAUUCACCAAUAUUUAAAUCUAAUAGUACCCCAGGAUAUGACUUGCUUAUAACCUUCACAUGAAUGGUCACACUACGAUUUCUUUUCAGAGAGGAAAAAAAUGCUCGUAAGGGACGCAGUGUUUUAUCCAUAGACCCGAAAGUUAGCCUUGCAACACAACGAGAUUCCAGUAUAAUUGUAGAAGUGUUAGCUCUUGCCAAAUAAAAGACUUUAAAAACAUUUGCAUGAGGCGGGUAUCGGAGGAGAACCUAGUUUAAUAUAUUCCCUAGAAGCUGCAGAGUAGAUUAUUUUCGUAUACGAUCUGUUUUCGAAAAACCUUGUUUGUUCGUUGUUUUACUUAACAUAAUCAUGUAAUAGUUGUUCUAAAUAGUUUAUGUUUGAAAUGCGCGAAAAAAUUUUAAAAUGCUUGUCUGAGAAAGUUCGAUAUUUUAUUGGAUUCAAUAUACAAUAUUUACAAUGAUCAUUUUCCAAUUAUUUUUUAUCUAGCAAAGCAUAUAUUGAGCUAAAGCAUAAUGAAUAUUGCUCUCACGCACUGGUCUUGAGAAGUGAUUUUGUUUUUUGUCUAAAUGUCGCCUUUUAGUCGCUGUUUACAGGAGAAAGUUUUAUGUCCUGUUUAAUUUCUACAAAAUUGAGUUCAGUCGUGUUUGCAUUUUGUACAUUUUUGACUCGUUAGGGGGUUGCUAGACAAAUUUUCAUGUAAGUACUGAUUAUAUGAUGAAUUUCAUUAUCACGAGCAGAUGCCUUUUGGCAAGUCAGUUCUGUAUUUACCGAAGCACCGUGGAAGCCAGGAUUCUUUUUAUCGUUGUAUUUUUCAUAGAGCCACCAUUCCAUGUUUAUUUUGUAUCCUGUUACUUCAUUUGUGUUUUUCAUUUUGCAUCACAAACAUGUUCAUUGUGAUUAUAUUGCUAUCAUGUUCUUGAAACAUUUUUUGGUGAAACCACACACGAAGGAAUUAUUUUUUCAUCAUUAGCGCAAGACGGAUCAGCCAUUUACCUUAGCCACAAAUCCUUAGAGGUCUUUGAGCUACUCUUUGGCAUUCUGUUUGACAAUCUAUCGCGGGUUUUUGAAUGGACAGACGUCUGGAAAAAAUUUUAAGAAAUAUAUUUUUUAUAUAGCGCCAAUAGUAGCGCAUGCACCACAAAAUGGCAUACAUGUACAAAGCCUCUACAGAACAUAAUAUUUUGUUAAUGAAAAUGUAAGCAAUUUUAUAUCCCGUUUUAUAUAGUCCAUCAUGUGUGCGCAAUAACAGUGCUUCAUCUAGGGGUUGGUAAUAUAUUUGCCUAGCAUGAGCUGAGUUUGCUCUGUUAGGUUCCGGCAUGACAACACCCCCGGCAUGUCUCGUAUGCUGGCUCUCAGACUUGGCCACUGUAAAUCGUGGCCUCUUCUGUUAUCUUGGAACGGAAAUAAAACACCAAGGGUGGCAUUCUCAAAGUUAGUGGUUGUCAGUUCUUAUUCCCGAUGUUUGUCAUAUAUACUGGCCUAUCAAAUAGCAAAUCCAACUUUAACCUCAAGAGCCGGCCUAGCCUUCGUAUAACUUAGCAGGCGCAUGAAAGUAAUAUGGGCGCAAGAGAGGGAGACACGCGAGGGGUGAUAUAAUCACUUAUGAUUGGAAGGCGUAUUUAUACGUCCACCACAAAUUGCAAAUUAAUCUGCUCCCCCUCCCCCAACAUCUCUCUUUUCCUGUCUUAUGCAAUGUGAAAUUGAUCGCUUCAAGUUCAGUGUUAUCGCAGACCUUCGAAUGCUUAAAUUUGUUGCCGUCGACUGUCAUUGGGUCGUGUGUUUUGGCGAUGUCACUUUUUUCACUAAACUAUCUCCAUUUGUUAUGUAUAGGCAGUAUUUAUUUUCGUCUGGUGUGCAGUUUAUUGACUUUAAUAUUCAUAUUAUUUUGCAGGUUGCAUGCAGGACGACACACGGACGAAGCACUCAGCUGAUGAAUUUUUCACCCAUGAGAAACCGCAUUUUAUGGCAGCGACGGCCUUUCGCUCAAAACCUCUGUUCCAAGACGAGACGUCUCCUUGGAAACAAAGCGCACCUGUCCCUCCUUCGUCGGAAAAUAAAAAACAAACAGCUUUUGCCUCUAGGUUUUUGCUAAAUGGGAAAAUAUCAAGUGCUUCAGCCUUCACCUCUCUUGAAAAUGAACCUAAAACAUUUGAGAAUCCUUCUUCAAUCUCUACCGCUUCUGAACGUGACACCCCUGCUGGUGGAAGUAUUCGGGACCGGAUAGCAGCGUUGUCGGCCGCGGCCGGUGUGUCACGCUUGGAUUUAACACCAACCAAAGAAUAUGUCACGUCAGGUAGGGAACAGUCCAACCUGACCACUGGAAAGGGUGUAGCGUUUAACAUUGACUUUCAAAAAGCCACUAAACCUCAACCACCUCCCCGUGUAACGUCAAGAUUUCGUACUAAAGAUCUGCAGAGAAAGUCAGCUUGUGAAACGCGAGCUAUAAAUGAGCGGGAACCUAAAAUCCUAAAUAGCAGCGACCUUGAAUCCGUGGAUUUCGGUCUAGGAAAUAACAGGGAAGUCAAAGCCAUAAAUAGUGCAAAAUUCGGAACGGUAAAUAAGAAGGAGCAGGAAGCCGCAAAUAAUGGGGAAUUAGUGGCGAUUGAUAAAGGAGAAACUGGAACUGUUGAUAACGAACAGGGCGUUGUUAAGGACAGAUUCGUGGCAUUUGAGGUGGGCUUUGAUGACGAACCUCAAUCAAAACGGGCAAAGGGAGAACCAGGUGUAUUGCAUUCCCCGUUUAUGGCCUUAAAGACGCGUUCAAAUCGCAAGUACCAACAGAAAUCGAGUGCAAAGAUUCAGCUACAGCGAUCGAACGUAGGCGAGGCUGGUUUGACUUGCUCAGAUGUCAAGCUGGAAGAGGCAGUGACAAGGCACGGAUUCGUGGACGUGAAUUCUGACGAGAGAAAACGUGACACUUUUACGUUGGAACGCUUGCCACAGUCGACAGAGAACGAAGAUGGUGAAGGUCUACCUAUAACAACUAUACUAAACGAUCUAGCAAGUAAGGAAGAAUUAAAGCAAUGCCAACAGCAGUCACAUGAUGAUUCCUCGGCGCUUGUAGACGAAACACCCCUAAAACGAAGUACAUUUACUUUGGAGAGCGUGUCUCGAGAAAUUGAUAACGCGAUCGAAACUUAUUUUCCAAAUGAACGUGUCAACUCAAACAAAACGGAUUCACCUUCAGACGAGAGACAAGAAUCAGCAGAAAAGCGAUCGACGUACACUUUGGAUUCGGUUUCGCUUUCUAUACAAAGGGGAGCUGAUGAAGGCUGGUUUCCAUCAGAGGUUUUGUCUCAGCUGGCGAAAGAGGAGGAAUGUCAGCCAUCGAAAGUCGCAGCUAAUAACGAAUCUGUCGUAAAGCGCGGGACGUUUACUCUUGAACCUGUGUCGCAAACUCUUCAAGAAGGCCAGAACAAGGGUUUGUCUGUGAGCCAAGUAUUAUUACAGCUCGCGAAUAAAAAUGAGUUACAGUCAUCGACCUUGUCAACUGACGAGGAAAACACUCCAAAGCGUGGCACCUUUACCUUAGACUCUGUGUCACAGACUUUGCAAGAGGCUGAAGAGAAAGGCUUGCCCACAGUGGAGGCUCUUCAUUCGCUCGCAUCUGAGAAGGAACGCCAUUCAUUUGCUGAGACAACUUCAGAAGUGACAAGUCAGCCAAAUCCUCAGAAUCGAGGAACUUACACUUUAGAUACAGUUUCUCACGCUAUUGAGGAGGCUGUAGAGAAGGGAAUCCCAGUUUCUGUGACACUAAACCACUUAGCGAAGGAGGAAAAGCAGCAGCGGAAUUCCCAUGUUCAUCAUGGCAGUGAUAACUCCACUGAGGAUGGGACGUAUGAACCAAAAAGAUGUGAUGCACACGCUUUGUCGUCCAUCACCCGAGACGAGUUUGAAGCUACCUUUGAAGACGCCCUAGAACAACUUGAGGAUUGCGUGACUUGCGACAGCGACGAAGAGUUUCCAACAUCUCAUAGGCGCGAACGGCCCCAUGCGGUGAACUCAGGGAAACGAGGCACAUACGACCUUGAGGACGUGUCUACUUCUUUUCAAGAUGGUGAGAAAGAUGGCGUUCCUGUGGUUAAGACGCUUGAGCAUUUAUCAAAAAAUGACCUUUCCGAGGACGGAAGUGUGAAGAUUCAGCUGUCUGAAGAAAGGCGAGGAACUUAUACAUUGGAUGAAGUGUCAUGUGCAUUACAAACUGCUUCGGAACAAGGCAUUCCUGUAGUGGAAACUUUGGAGAAUUUGGCAAGAAAUAAAGAGACAAGUAAGGAGUGUAAAGAGAAAGAAAGUGUUGACAAAAGGCGGACAUACACUUUAGAUGAAGUGUCAAAGUCAAUUGAACACGCUAAGAUUACUGGAGUACCUGUGAUUGAAGUACUGGGGGCUUUGGCAAAGGACAAACCAAAGAGCCCGUUGCGACUUAAGAUACCAGACCAAGGAGCAGACAACAGGGGUACUUACACCCUUGAUGAAGUCAGCCACACUUUAGAACAUGCUAAGCAGAGGGGACUCCCAGUUGUUGACGCGUUAGGACAUUUGACUUCUUCUAAAGAUUCCCCCGUUAGACAGACACCAGAUGCUGUACAUCGAAGACAAGAGAAACUAAUCAACAGGAAGACCUACGCACUGGCCAGUCCUCUGGAGACCAUCGGCGAGGGAACCAAGCUACGUCUAUAUGAUGGAAGUCAAAAACGAAUGAUGUCGCCGAUAAGUUUCCACUUCAAAUCCCAAGAAGCUUUGACAUCAAAACCACACAAUAGUGAAAAUAUCGCUAGCGGCCUUGGUGUCGUUCAAAAGUUGGAUUAUUUAACAUCAGCUUGCGAGCGUCUGCUUGAAGCGAAUGCUAAAGAAAUGGCAAGAGAUCCUCAGCGAACAGAAAGCUCUCGGCAGAAUACGUCGAAUAACGAUUCUGUGCUUGGGUCAAACGAACUUCGUCCUGAAUCUUGCACCACUGAGUCCGAACGGAAUACGUAUUCUUUGGAAAGCGUCUCACUGACAAUUGACGAUGCAAAAGCGAAGGGAAUUCCGGUUGUAGAGACGCUAAAAGACGUAAGUUCAGUUGGGAAAUCAGAAGCGUCUCAAAGGACAAAUCUCAUGCGUCUUAACUCCAAAUCUGAUUCAGACCUUAUAAACGACGGGACCGAAAAAGAGAGUGACAGGUACACACACUCGCUGGAGAAUGUUUGUAGAACUCUGGAAGAUGCCAAAAUGGCAGGAAUACCUGUGAUACAAGCACUAGAUGAACUUACAAAUGAACUCGCGGAAUUCUCGUUAGCGGCAAUGAACGGAGAUUUACCAAUAACGCAAUUAGGAAAGGAUAAUCGGAAACGGAAACGCUACUCUGAAACAGCCAUAAAGGGGCAGUUCUCUUUCACCACCCCCGACGGGUCUCCUUAUCCUCCAUCCAUACGAAAGGCUUAUUCACUAAGCGACGUUGCGUUCGCCGUGCAGGAGGCAUUCCAGUCUGGUACUUCAGUAGAGGAUUUCUUAGACGACAUAAGCUUUGAAAAACCUGCCGAACCAGCUGCGUCCUUCAAGGACGUCAGACCUCGGUCUGUCGAUUCUGGAUUUGUGUCUUCGUUCUCUGAUAAUGAUAUUUCUUCUCAGAGUUUUGAGUCUUCGCGUGUUCGAGCCAAUACAUACAUUCUUGACAGUUCAAAUGAAGAUUUGAAUUUAGCAAAAGUUGUUGCUCCAGUUAAAGACCUUGACAACGCCAUAGAGCUUUCGCACGUCAGCGAAGACUCCAACCGAAGAACGUUUACGCUUGAUCACAUGGACGAGAUAUCACGUGAUAUACCGGUGAUCGAAGCUCUUGAGAAGUUGUCAAACAGUAUUGUUUUGAAAUCAGAUGAUACGAAAGAGUUUGAACUAAGCGAACAUAAUCAAAACACUUCCAUUCCUAUUAAAUCGAGUAUUGGAAGAAGGAAGUCGCCACCAAAACCAAAACGACAGUUUUUGAAGAAACCAAACCCUUUGCAGUCAAACCCUGAUUCAUUUGUAAUAGAGUUCUUUGAUUCUACUCGUCCCCAGCAAACAUUUUCGAAAUUCCAGAUUAACGAUGACAAGGUUGAAAAGGUUUCUGGUGUUUUGGAACCUAAAAAAGACGUUAGGGAUACAAAAAACGCCACCUCUUCAUCCAAUUGCAACAAGUUGGAAAGUACUGAUAGAAAUCGCCAAGUUUCCGGAUACAAAUGUACACUUGAUACUGACUUGGUACCCACAAGGGAUGCUGAAAUAGUGGGGCUAGAAACAAAGGAGCCUUUGGCAGUGUCAAGCAGCGCGCCUACUCGUGGACGGGCCACGUGGCGCCCAAGCGGCAGUGUCUUAGACCAAAUUGCGAGUCUCAUGGAUGUUGCCGAUGACUGUGGAAUAUCUCCUACUGAUGUUCUUAAUCAAAUAACCGAUUCUCGUUCGGAGGCAAAAGGUUUGUUGGUAUAAUGAUUACCCGCGAGGAUUUAUUAUGGCUGAUCAUUUUCUCCUCUCUAUUCACGCCGAAGUUCUUGAGAUAAAAUUCACUGACUAGAAAUUGCCCCCCCCAGCCCCCCCCCCCCGCGCCAAAAAAAAAGCAAAAAAAGCGAAUUCAUCAAAUCCUAAAAACGAAAUCAAAUAGGGAAUGAAGAAGUACAGAUUCACAUUAGGCGUUCAUUUGUAGUCAUUAGUACUUUAUUUAGUUAGGACAAGCAAAUUUACAUUCAGUGGGAAAAAAACGAUUUCCGUGAAACAGCUCGCCUUAGGUAAUGAAGAAGGUAAGAUUAGGCCAUGCUGUAUAGUGGUGUAUUUUUGAAGAGGCCAAAAAUAGGUCUGGUAGAACUGUGUUGAUCACCCUUUGUGAAUGUACGUGUUGUGGCUCAAUUCUAUCCUUGCUGCAAUGUUAAAAUUCCUUUGUUUUUGGUUAUGGUAAUGAUGACAAGAAGUAUAAACAAAGGGAAUCACAACAUACCUAAAUUUCUCUUUUCUGCAGUCACGGUGUUGUUUUUCCAUAGUCCAGUACCAGCUGUUUUGUUAGGUAACUGUUUGGGUAAACAAUUUUAAUUGACAUUAGAUUGCGUGACGUUCAUGGGUUUGUAACGACGUGCGAUUAACAAAGGCUUGUGUUUAAGGUGAAAUUGAGGAAUUGGAGCCGGCCGAUGCCGAAGAUGAUCAAGCUGUGACGUCACAACUGGCUUACCUGCGCAUGCAGCUUGACGAAAAACGGCGCCAUAUCGAGGCUGAGAAACAUCGUGCCCAAGCUGAGUGGGAGGAUCAGCGUCGGAGACUGGGACAAACUGCGUUUUGGUAUGUAAUCGGCAAAGCUCAAGGAGGUCAGGCUGUUGGAGAGGGACCUGGGUUUGAGGUUAGUUAUGCGAUGUCUUAAAAACAGUUUUGAACACUGCAAAAUUAGCUUUUGUAAAUUCAUCUUUUGUCCUUAGCUGAACAAAAUUAAUUUGACAAAGGUUAUGUUAUGAAAGAACAAGGGUAAACUGUUUAUUUUCCUUCAGUUACAAAGUGUGUAAUGGAAGUGUUCAACAGCGUUUGGUAAAUUUUAUAGAUACACUGCAUUUUUGAUGUUGUAAUUAUUGUAGGCGCUGACAUCCGACAAGGCAACGGUUAUGAAGUCUCAAUCCCAGGACCAGCCGAGGAAGCCUGUGGCCGAAUUUCCAGAUCAAUCGUCCCCUCCUAUUGCUUGGUCAUCCCCUUCUAACUCUCCCCUCCCCGCUCCACAACACGGUUCUCAAGGUCAGCAGUUUGAGACGCGAGAGUUCCGACUAUCGGAUUAUCCUCCUCGUAAUGAUUCAGGAACCAACCCUGACAUCAGGCGUCCGUCUUCCCAGCCAGCGGUCGAAGCAAGCUCCAAGGGCAGCUCGGUACCGACGCGCCCGUCAUCACAGCCAGCAGCUACUCGCCAAACUGCACCCGCACGGAAGUGUUGGAAUGUAGACGUGAGCCACGUGACUACCCCAUCCCCGUUGGUCCGACCUGAAACAGCGGCUGUAAAUAUGGAGCUUGAGCAAGAAACUGUUUCUCCUGAAGAGGGUACUGGAGAAAUAGAGGUGGACCAUCACACUCCGUACAAGAAAGGACUGGCCAUGUUUAUAGGUGAUGAUACAAGCCCCGGAAGUCAGGUAAGUUGCUAGAAUGUAACAGCUACGAAUUUCCCUUUAGGAUAAUUUAAUUUAAGGUAAAUCUGAUUUACCUUUCUAUUUGCUUAAGCGGUUUGUCUUAACCGGAAUCAAAUCAAUCUCACCUCUUAUGCAUAAACUCGUGUGUUAAAAUAUUAUGUUUGCAUAUAAUUUAUGCAGUGCUUGACUCCAGAACAAGAAAGAAAACGAGACAAGUUCUUGCGAAUGAGACAGAAGAAACAAGAGGAAGACAGGACAAGGAAGGAAGCGGAGCUUGAAAAAAAGAGAAAAAGAGAAGAAAAACAACGCGAAAAAGAGAUGCUACAAAGAGUGGAAGAAGAAAGACGUCGUAAAGAAGAAUUGGAACGACAAAGAGUCGAACAGGAACUGAGAAUCAGAGAAACACAAGCCCCGCGAGUCCCAGACUCCUUCGCCACUUACCGCCGCCCGGGGCCUCAGGAACAGCGCUAUGAUGCAAAUGAUGACGCAAGCAGCUAUUUCGUACAGGGUCCCACGCAGCCUUCUGGAUUUGCGGAGUUUAGUGGUAUGUGCGGUCUGCUGUUUUGAUUUCCGUAUCAUCUAUUGCGACUUAAACGAACAUUUGCUGUUAGGGUGUUGGAUGUUUCCGAGUUAUGAGCUUAGUUGAUAUGGCUAAGCCCCGACAAGUCUUUCAGAGUUUGGCGCUUAGAGCAUCCAAAAUAGUUGUUAAAAGUUAUAAGUUGGAGUUCUGACUUCUGUUGGGAGCACUCAGAAUUUUAUUUUUUCGAUUGGCCGCGCCAAUUAUGUUUGAAGUCAAGCUGUAAAGCCGAGAAAGCAGGCAAAAAAUGUGAGCGAAGCCGAGGAGAACCAAGUGCAAAGCGUCGGGACCACGAGGGAUUUUAAGAAAUACUAUACUGUGAUUACUUUCUUGGUAUUCAUUACUAUCUCGCUCCCCGAACCAAUCAUCUAAAACCAAACGCCUCUCGUGCUUGAUUCCCCGCGCUUUGCCGCGCCGGCUACAUUUAUUUUCUUGGUUCUGCUUGGUUCUUUUGACAGUCUGCCUGUUAUGAUUUUUCAGAGAAAUUUCUUUGGUUUCAGUUUUACGACAGUCGAUUGAACACUACUCUAAACUGUCAGUGUUUCUGUUAUUAGGUCCUCAGUGUUACGUUAAACCAAGUGGGAAGUCGAACAGGAAGAUCAUCGUGAACGCCAUAUCAUACGUGUGUUUGUCAGGUACAGUGAACCAGGAUCAAAAAGAAAAGUGCCUACAGGUUUGUUAAAAUGAAUAAUAUCAAAUAUUUCCAAAUACGAUGGCGGGAAAACAUUACUUACACGGAUGUGCUGGCUUCUUUUUUUCUCUUUACUGCUUUUUAUUUGUGUCUUUGGAGAACCGUGUGGUACGAAAUUUUAUGCGGGUUCUAUUUCUUGUGAUUUUUCCUGCGAUCCGCAAAUAUAUAUAUUGCCGCAAACGGUUUGCCCGCAAAAAUUUACCCAGAGUGAACCUAAGUAAGGUCCAAAAAAUUCAGUACUGGGAAAUCGUGUCUGCUCAUUUACAACCUUUCUCAUUCGUUCAGAAAGAAACCCACAAAUGGUAGAAUUGAUAAAGACGAUGCAUCAGCUGAUAAUGAAAUCACUUCCGAUCUAUCAUCAGAACAAUCAGUCACCGCAGAUACUAUUGUAAUCGAAUGACAAAGAGAAAAGUAAUCUGGUUUACUCCUUUGCAUAGGGUACGCACACCGUAGUUUUGUUGGAAAAUACAGUCGGAGCUCUUGUAAGCGACCGCAUCGGAAAUUCGAAAUAGUGGUCGUAACUAGAGCUGGUCGCGACCGAGACCGAGACCGAGCUCUCGUACGCGACUGCAUGGUAAAACAAUAGAGGGUGGUCGCUUCCGAGAGCUUCAGAAACUCAUUAAUACUUCAUAAAGAAAUAAAAAAGAAAUUAGUUUUUAAUGAGUGUCUUUAUAUCUGAACUUUAUUGAACUUUUACAAAUACAAUACGGCAUUGUACAAGAUCUUUAUCAACGAACCAUUAGAGCAGUGUGCAGUUUCAUUUAAGAGUUCAUGUACAUGAAUAAGAGUCUGAGUGGUCGCUUACGAGAGCUUAAAAACAAAGGAAAAGUCCAGUUAAGUAAUCCCAAAGGUGGUCGCGGUCGCUUACGAGAGCUUUUCAUUACAAAGUUAAAGUCGCAGUUCAAACGGGGUUUCAAAAAGGUGUUCGUAAUUAGAGCUGGUCGCUUACGAGAAUGGUGGCAAGUAGAGCUUCGAUUGUAUGUAUUUCCAUUUCACGUACUCAAUAAAAACGAAAAUAUUAUUAUCAAUAAUUUGUCCGCGACUUUCUGAAAAUCGCAAAAAUUAAUUCCCAGCAAGAAAAACCAAUCUGUCCUAAUCGCAAAGAUUCGUUCCCGCAAAACACAAAAAUCGCCAAUCCACGCCAAUCACGUAAAUACAUCUUCGUUUUUUAAAAGACACUCUCUGACAGCUUCCGUCAUUGUCCAGUGGGAGCGAUGACGCUUUACUUGAAGAGCGUUUCUUAAAUACCCGUUUUUGUUCCGCCUGAAUGAUUUUAGUUCGUCCAUAAGUUAUAGAUUGCUCCAUGUAGCCUGCGAUUUACCAAAAUAAGAAUUUAUUUCAAGUCUACGAGCAAGCUCUCUGUGAGGGUUGAGGGAUCCCUUCAAUUCUCGGUCCACGCACCUCCCAAAAACGUUCCUCAAGCCGUUUCGCGCAGAAGACCUUGUACUAUAUUAGUAAUUGUUAUUAAACAUGUUCUCAAGAUUGAUCUUUUUUGGUUUUAUUUCAGGCUAUAUCUGAAUCUGACGGUCAUCACUUCAUGAUUUUAUUUAAAGAUGGUCUUAAGUUCCGUGGAAUAUAUCUACACAACCUCGAUAACGACCAGGUUAAUUUUCUUUACAUUUGGCUGUUGAAAGAGGUUUGAUUUGAACGUUCGACUUAUAUGGUAUUUAUCUAACGGAUUUCAUUUUCUUUGUAGCUUUUCAAAGUAUUUGGAAUCGGGCCUCGCGUGGUGACGAGCAAAAUGGUUGAAUUUCUGUACAAGUAAGUUAUCAACAUCUUUUUUUUAAUCUACAAGGAAUUCGCUUUUUGAUACUUCAAAGAAAAGAGACUACAAUCAAUAAAUUCUUUAGUAAAUAUCUAACUGUAGUGGCAGUAAACCACACGGCUCUGUUAAAUCCAGUGGUUCCUGAUCUAAAUUUUUUGUAGAGAUUAACAGAUGCUAAUUGUAUUCCAACGCCACGUGUAUUAGCAGUAAAAUACUUAAUGGUUCGAUUGCUUACCACGGAAACCAGGGUCAAGUAUCGAUAUUGUAAUGACAUAUAGUAUAAUCAAGAUUCGUACUGGAUUAUGCAAUGAUUGCCUCAAUAUAUGUUACUAAACGUUCAAAAUUCGCUCAUUGCACUGAGGUGCAAACUAUUUUUGAAAUUCAUAAAAUUUUCUUUCAGGUCCCUUAAAAACGUCCUUAAAAAUUUCUUGGAAUUUCAUAAUAAAUUUUAUUGGAUGUUUGUAACGUAAGAUGAAGUGGAGGAAUUUAAAAACAUAAAAGCAGAAGCUUUAGAUUCUCGCCCUAGAAAACGCCUGCCUUGAGGAGUGUACACCAGAACUAUAGAUUCAUGGAUUUGGGUAGAAAUAUCUCGUAUGAAAGUUUCUAUAACGUUGUCGUUACUUUUCCUCUACCGUAGGGAAUUCCCCCUUUGUAUACCCCUUUAUCAAAGGUUAGCUUUUGUUUGAUUGGCAAGUUUACAAGUUUGUCAUUUCUCUUGUGUCAUUUUAGAUAUAACAGCGGCGGAAAAGAGUUUACUAAGAUCCCUUCCAAGACUCUCUCCAUUUCAGUAGACGGAUUUGCUAUUUACAAGUCCCACUGGAAUACUGGGAAACCCGUGGUAGCCUCCAAGACAGCUUCAAAUCUCAAGAGACCUCCUCGUCACCCACAGAGAUAAAACUAUGCUGCUGCAGUUGUUCUCCCAGUCCCUUAAGAACGUGCUUGGUGCUGUGUUAACGUAGUUGUCGAAUUGAACAGGUUUUCCUUAUAGCUGGAGAAAAUGCAGUUAUAGCGUAUCAAAAAUCCAUUGUAUUUUCAGUCACAGGUCUUGGUUACAAUAGUCUUGUUUACUAUGUUAAACUACCAUAAACUACUAAAAGGGUUGAUUGAUUACGUGAGUGACUUUCCCAUGAUAAUUUCCCAACCUCCCAGGCUCUCUGCUACUCGGCCACCGGAGAGAGAGAAAGUAGUAGAGCACCCUGGGAACGAGAUUGGAUAAUGUUCGUGAUGAAACAAGUUGGCUGCAACUUUGAGUGCGCGCAGUGUCCACCGAACAAUGUUAUUUACAGACUAAAUUAAAGGGGCUCUGUCACGGCAGGCUAGUUCAUUUUGUUUGUAAUACCAAUGACAUCUCCUUAUUCGCUCAGAAAAUUGAGAAAUUACUUGUGAAUGACAAAAGCACAGCUUUGUGUCAAACAAAAAAAUACAUCUCCCAAGCCUUAUUUUAAACAUUACCAACAACAAAAAUGAACUUUGAAAAACUGUUAGGCUAACACAUUUUCAAAAACUACAAUUUCAGUCCGUUUCAAUCUCCUUCAAGUUUGUCCAUCAGGGCCCUAGUUCUUUUGUAUUUGUUGUGUUAUUUAAACCUUCUUUUAACGUUUUGCGUGGUUAUUUUUUUGUUUCAUUCAAUUUGGUGACAGGUCCCACUUUUUAAAUUUUGGUAAAUUUCGAUACACAGCUCCUUUAAUCAUCUCAGGAUUAAGUCAGUUUUGUGUCGUGUUAUGGAAUCUUUGGUAAUGUCAGUGUUCUUCCCAGCAUGCAUUGUUGGGAGUUGUAAUCAAUAAUUUUAGGCGCGUUUGCUCGUCUUUCAGUACUCCUUAGCUCUCAAUUGUAUACAGCUGUAUAUGUGUUUGAUAUUUAUUACUUCUGGUCCAAAGAAGCUAUUUAAACUUCAGUAUAGUUUUAGUUUGGUUUUUUACGAAAAAAGGUUAUUAAUUUACUUGAAUGAUUCGUGGAUAUAUGAGAGAUCAUUGACAUUGUUUAUCUCGCCAGAUCCGUUGAUAAAGCGGAUGUUAUACCAUGUUAACCAAGAUUAUAUGGAAUUAUACCUGUCCGAAGAGACAAGUUUAUUGUCCUCAAAGACAAAAUAAACUGCUGGAUGAUAAAACUGCUUGCGGAUUAUGUUAUCAAGAAUAUUCAGUUCAUUAUUUGC